CUCCUGGCCGCCAGGCGGGGUGAGCGGCGGCUGGAAGUGACUCGACGUUUAAAUGGUCUUUGUUUUGGGAAUCUGCCGUUUCCUUAUUUCUCAAGCUUCACAAAAAUGUACCAGUCCAGCCAGGAGCAUCCAGAGGUUCAGCAAGUGACGCCCCAGCACUCCGUGGACCAGUACUCUGUCGGCUCUGCAGAAGAGUUCCCCGACCAGCAGGACCCAGAAACUUGCCAGGAGGCGUUUUACCAAAGCUGCCCCGGUGCCGCCAGUCCCUACCACGAGCACCAGCAGCAGGAACAUCUGCAGCAGCAGCAGCUUCUGCAGCAGCAGCAGGAUCUGCAGCAGCAGCAGCUCCAGAAGCAGCAGCAGCAGCUUCAGAAGGAGCAGCAGCAGGAUCUGCAGCAGCAGCAUCUGCAGCAACUCCAGAAGCAGCAGCAGCAUCUGCACCAGCAGCAGCAGCAGCAGCAGGAGCAACUCCAGAAGCAGCAGCACCAGCUUCAGAAGGAGCAGCAGCAGCAUCUGCAGCAGCAGCAUCUGCAGCAGCAGCACCUGCAGCAGCAGCAGCAGUAUCUGCAGCAGCAGUAUCUCCAGCAGCAUCUGCAGCAGCAGUAUCUCCAGCAGCACAUUCAGCAGCAGCAACAGCUGCAGCAGCAGCAACAUCUGCGGCAGCAUCUUCAGCAGCAGCAUCAACUCCGGCAGCAUCUGCAGCAGCAGGAGCAGCUUCAGCAGCAGGAGCAUCUGCAGCAGCAGCAGGAACAUCUUCGGCAGCAUCUUCAGCAGCAGUAUCUCCAGCAGCAUCUUCAGCAGCAGCAACAGCUUCAGCAGCAUCUCCGGCAGCAGCAGCAUCUGCGGCAGGAGCAGCAUCUCCGGCAGGAGCAGCAUCUCCGGCAGGAGCAGCAUCUGCGGCAGGAGCAGCAUCUGCGGCAGCAGCAACAAGAACAUCUCCGGCAGCAGCAACAAGAACAACUUCGGCAGCAGGAAGGUCUUCGGCAGCAAGAACAACUUCGGCAGCAGGAAGGUCUUCGGCAGCAGGAACAUCUGCGGCAGCAGCAACAGGAACAUCUUCAGCUGCAGCAGCAGCUGCAAGAGCUUCAGGAUCAUCAGGAGCAUCAAGAUCUUAAGGAGGAUCAUGAUCUCCAGGAGCAACAUGAGCUCCAGGAUCUCCAGGAUCUCCAGGAUCUUCAGCAGCAUCCCGCGGCAGCCCUGCACUCCCCUCAGCCGGGGCAGGAGUCACACGAUCAGCUCCAGUUCCCGCCUCCUGACCCCUCUCAGGUGAAGAAGAAGAAGAAGAGGGGCCGGCCUCCCCUGCGGCAGGCGGAGGACGGCGAGACGCCGGAGGACGACGAGGCCGACGCCGCCAAGAAAGCCAAGAGAACGCUGAACCGCUUCAACGGCAUGUCUGCGGAGGAAGUGAUGAGCCGCACGCUGCCGGACGUGCUGACCUACGACCUGGACAUCCUCAUCAUCGGAAUCAACCCAGGACUUCUGUCGGCCUUCAAAGGACACCAUUACCCCAACCCAGGAAACCAUUUCUGGAAGUGUCUGUUCCUGUCCGGCCUGACGGACCAGCAGCUCAACUACGCCCACGACCAGAGCCUGCCGGAGAAGUACGGCAUCGGCUUCACCAACAUGGUGGAGAGGACGACGCCCGGCAGCAAGGAGCUCUCCAGUAAGGAGAUCCGAGACGGAGGACGCCAGCUGCUGGAGAAGCUGCAGAAAUACAAACCGCUGAUAGCAGCUUUUAACGGCAAAGGUAUUUAUGAAAUCUUCUGCAAAGAAACCUUCGGCGUGAAGUCCAAGAACCUGGAGUUCGGCCUGCAGCCCUACAAGAUCCCCGAGACCCAGACGGUGUGCUACCUGAUGCCGUCCUCCAGCCCCCGCUGUGCCCAGUUCCCCCGAGCUCAGGACAAGGUCCACUUCUACAUCCGUCUGAAGGAGCUGCGGGACCAGAUGAAGGGCCUGGCCCCCGGGGGGGAGGUGGUGGAGACCCGGUACCUGUUCGACCUGCAGCUGGCUAAAGAGGACGCCAAGCGGCUGGCCAUCAAGGAGGAGCAGGUGGACCCGGAGUACGAGAGCUGCAGCGGGCUGCGGGACGGGCUGCGGGACGGGCUGCAGGACGGGCUGCAGGACGGGCUGCAGGACGGGCUGCAGGACGGGCUGCAGGACGGGCUGCAGGACGGGCUGCAGGACGGGCUGCAGGACGGGCUGCAGGACGGGCUGCAGGACGGGCUGCAGGACGGGCUGCAGGACGGGCUGCAGGACGGGCUGCAGGACGGGCUGCAGGACGGGCCGAGCUGCUGACGGGGAACCGGGCCGCUCUGGUGCUCAGGCAGAUUCAGACGUCAGCAGCUGCAGACUCGGGUUCCAGGUCCUCGGCUCCAUCGCUGAACCAGACGGGAAUCCACCCGGGUCCGGACCGGGUGCGGGGGGGGGGACUCUCCACCAACCAAGAACCAGAAGACCUGGAGGAGACACGAGGAGGAGGAAGAGAGGAGGAGGAGGAGGAGGAGGAGGACUCUGGCUUGCUUUCUCUUAUUUUCUGGACUGUUGUUUUUGCGUUUUGUACAUAAGUUUCCAGCGGUUAGUUAAUUUUGUAUUUUAAUCAAAUGUUAUUUUCCGAUGUAUUAACAGGUUGUUGGACUCUUGGGUGUCUUAAUAAAUCUCUUCUAAGCUGCUGAGGUUUCUGCUUGUUCCAGGGUCUGGUUCCUGAUUCAGGCUCCACCACCACGAACUUUAUACAGACAAAUAAAAACGUUAACGGAUCAAAUAGUCAUUCAUAUGGAAGAGUAUCAGGGCCAGGCAGGAGAACAAUUUAAAAAAUAUAUAUAUAUUUUUUAUUAUGCACUUCGAGAAAAA